AUGAGCGGCGCGAAUACCCCCGCCGCCGCCUCUGAUGCCCCCGCGGCGGUUCGCACUUUUUCGCGCGGCGGGAAAGAUGAGCCCGACGCUCGCGACGACGAUUGCGAUUCGCGCGCGUCUUCCUCCGGGGACCGCCCCGACGACCAGCUCGAGAGGCAGUGCGGGGAAUGGUGCGUGCCCCUCGACGACCUCGACGACAACGACACGUCCGCGUCGGACGCCGAGUACUUCAGCACGGUCGUGUGGACCGCGGCGAUGGGAACAGCCGUCGACGCGGUCCUCGCCGUCGUAAAGUUCGCCGCGGGGUUCGCAUUCGCAUCCUCCGCGCUCGUCGCCGACGCCGUGCACUCCGCAUCGGACGUCGUCUCGGAUCUCGUCGUCAUCGCCGCGGCCAGGUACGCCAGCGCGCCCCCGGACGCGAGGUAUCCGUACGGCCGCGGGCGCUGGGAGGCGGUCGCCACCCUCUUCGUCUCCGUCGCGCUCGCGUGGGCGGCGUCUACGCUCAUCGUGGAGUUUGCCGAGAGGCUCGCAGCGGCGUACGACGGUCCCCUCGGUCGGCACUUGGGCAACCCCGGGGCCCCACCGCGUUCGUUGCUCCCGAGCACCAGGAACGCGCUGCUCGAGGUCCUCCCGGCGAACAGCGGCGGCGCAUCGUCGACGUCGAUCCUCGACGACGUCGCGGCGGCGAUGCGGACGGAGGACCCCACCGACGCUUCGCACUUCCGACCCUCGACGAAGGAGGCGGAUCCUAAUGAGGGAAAAACCGUCGGUACCGCCAUGGACUCCGCCGCGGUGCUCGUCGCGCUCCUGUCCGUCGUCGCCAAGGAGGCGGCGUUCCAGGUGACGAACCGCGUCGCGAACCGCAUCGGGUCCAAGGUGCUCGCGGCGAACGCGUGGCACCACCGCUCCGACGCCGUCUCCGCCUUCGCCGCGCUCGUGGGCGUCGCCGGCGCCGCAGCCGGGUUCGCGUGGCUGGACGCAGCCGCGGGGGUCGCCGUGUCCGCGCUGGUGCUCAAAGCCGGGUGGGAGAUCGGCAAGGGCGCGACGAUGGCGCUCGUCGACGAGAACGCCGCGGACGGGGAGGUGGAGGAGGCGGUCGGGGCCGCCGCGUCGGAGGCGCUAGGGACGGGGGCGAAGAGCCCGACCGUCGCGGGUCUUCGCGCGAGGCGCGUCGGGCGAAGAACGCACGUGGACUGCUGGGUGGAGCUGGACCCGGCGUCGCAGACCAGCGUCGGGGACGCGUUGCGUCGAACGGAGGAGCUCCGGGCCGGCGUGCGGCGGAGACUGGGUAACGAAGCGGGGGACGUGACGGUGCAGCUUCGGUGGAAGGAGGAGGCGUACACCGGCGGGGCGUUCAUGUACGCCUACCUGUGA